CAUCCAUCCUGUCCAUCCUCCAGCUCCUUGGAAAUCUGCUCUCUGUUGGCACAGACCGGAGGAUUCACUACAUGAUCAGCAAGGGUGGCAGUGAAGCCCUCCUGCAGACCCUCUUGGAUACUGCCAGGACAGCUUCUCCUGACUAUGACAUCCUCCUGCCUCUCUUCAGGCUGCUGGCCAAAGUUGGGCUCAGAGAUAAAAAAAUUGGGCAGAAGGCACUAGAAUUGGAAGCACUUGAUGUGACCCUGAUCUUGGCCAGGAAAAACCUGUCCCACAGCUGCAACCUCCUGCACUGUCUCUGGGCUCUGCGUGUGUUUGCCUCCUGUGUCAAAACAGGAGCCAUGCUGGGGAUUAAUGGAGCGAUGGAACUGCUUUUCAAGGUCAUUACUCCUUAUACCCGAAAGCGCACACGAACAAUCAGGGUGGCCACUGAAGUUUUGGCAGUAUUGCUGAAAUCCAGGUCGAACAGUCGGAGGGCAGUGAACAGAGGCUAUGUCAUCAGCCUGCUCAGGCUGCAUCAGGACUGGCACAGCCACGACACAACCAACGCCUAUGUGCUGAUCCGCCGGGGGCUUCUGCUGUGCCUCAAGCGCAUCACCACCAUCUGGUCUGGCAGGGAGGCCUUCCUGGCGGCCCAGGGCAUGGAGACCCUCUUCAGCAUCACACAGAACUGCCUGGACAAUGAGAGCAUGGAGCCUGUCAUCUCAGCCGUGCUUCAGAUCCUGAGGCAGUGCUACCCCAAGAGUCCCCUUCCCUUGAUCACAACCUGCAGUGCCUAUGCCUUCCCGGUCCCUGGGAGCAUCCCCUCUGUACCCACCUGUGGCCCAACCGAAGAGGAUUUUGAAGAGGAUGGUGAUGAAGAAAUGGACAAAGACUCAGAUUUGGAAGAUGUGAAAGAGCAAGACAAGGACUUGGAAACUGACGUGGAAAAGCUGAACUUCAGACCUGGUCUUGACCGACCUGAAGAGGAACUGAAGCAGUAUGAGGCCAUGUGUCUUGAGCUCUCCUAUGGCUUUGAGGAAUUGGAGUUCAAACUUGGAAAUGAUAUGAACUUGCUAGGCAUUGAAUCUGCCAAUCACCACCACAUUCCAACCACUGCCUCCCCAAAGCAGCAUUACUUGAAUAAGGACCAAAGCUCCCAGAGGAAAGAAAGAGAAGAUACAGUCCAGACUUCUCUUCUGAGCAUGGUGAAGACGGGGAGCUCCACUGCACAUCUGUCCUCCAAAAAGAGACCUGUCAUGAACACAUACCAAAAUGUGCACCCCAGUGGUCUUGGGAUAAUCUCUCUUGAAAAUGAUAUCUCUGAUAUUCAGGAUUUUCUGGAAGAGGACAUGGAAGCCAUUUCUUGCCCAGUGAUGAAUGCCUCCUUUUCUAAUUCCACGAGGCCCAAAGAAACUGUUGAAAUAUUAAUAGAUAAGCUUCUGCACACACAUCCCAAGCAUAUUCUCUUCCAUGACCCCUAUCUAUAUAUGGCCAAAGCCAGAAGAACCAGGUCUAUCUUGGAUUUCAAGAUGAUAGCAUUUCCUGACCUCUGGGGACACUGUCCACCUCCCUUUUCCCAGUCCAUGUUGGAACGCAGACGUGGAGUUCAAAGGAUCAAGAUAUUUGAAGAUGUCCGGAGGCUCAUCCAGCCAAGUGAUGUUAUAAACAGAGUCGUCUUUAGUUUAGAUGAGCCUUGGCCUUUGCAAGACAGUGCUUCCAAUUGCCUGAGGUUCUUCUCCAAGUUUGAGUCGGGAAAUCUUCGCAAAGCCAUCCAAGUGCGUGAGUUUGAAUAUGACCUGCUGCUCAAUGCUGAUGUGAACAGUGCGCAGCUCCAGCAGUGGUUCUACUUCAAGGUGAGCGGCAUGAGGACUGCCAUCCCCUACCGCUUCAACAUCAUCAACUGCGAGAAGCCCAAUAGUCAGUUCAAUUAUGGGAUGCAGCCAACCCUCUAUUCCGUGAGGGAGGCCCUCCUUGGCAGAUCCACCUGGAUACGGACAGGCCAUGACAUCUGUUAUUACCAAAAUCAUUAUCGCCAGAGUGCAGCUGCCAUGGGUGGAGCAUCUGGGAAGUGUUAUUACACCCUCACCUUCGCUGUCACCUUCCCACACAGUGAGGAUGUCUGCUACCUGGCCUACCACUAUCCCUACACAUACACAGCCCUCAUGGCUCACCUUGAGAUCUUGGAAAAAAGUGUCAAUCCCAAGCAAAUCUACUUCCGGCAGGACACGCUCUGCCAGACACUGGGUGGGAAUCCAUGUCCACUGGUGACCAUCACAGCCAUGCCUGAGUCUAAUUGUGCUGACCAUCUGGAGCAGUUCCGACGUCGUCCGUAUCAGGUGAUCACUGCUCGAGCUCACCCUGGAGAGAGCAAUGCCAGUUGGGUGAUGAAGGGCACCUUGGAGUUCCUUGUCAGCAAUGACCCUGUGGCUCAGCUCUUGAGGGAAAACUUCAUUUUUAAGAUCAUUCCUAUGCUAAAUCCGGAUGGAGUCAUCAAUGGCAAUCACAGAUGCUCACUGAGAGGGGAGGAUUUGAACAGACAGUGGCUCUCUCCCAAAGCCCAUCUCCAGCCAACGAUUUACCAUGCCAAAGGACUCCUCUACUACCUGAACAGCAUUGGUCGGGGGCCUGUGGUCUUCUGUGAUUUUCAUGGUCACUCCCAAAAGAAGAAUGUGUUCAUUUAUGGCUGCAGUGUCAAGGAAACCUUGUGGCAAGCAAAUUGUACUGUGGGUGCAUCUGCUCUGUUGGAGGACGUCAGCUACAGGACUCUUCCCAAAAUUCUUGAUAAGCUAGCACCUGCAUUCACAAUGAGCAGCUGCAGCUUUCUGGUGGAGAAAUCCCGAGCCUCUACCGCCCGGGUGGUGGUGUGGAGAGAGAUGGGCAUAUCUAGAAGCUACACCAUGGAGAGCAGCUACUGUGGCUGCAAUCAGGGCCCCUAUAAGGGUCUGCAGUUUGGCACCAGUGAAUUGGAGGAGAUGGGAGCCAUGUUCUGCUUGGGACUCCUUAUCCUGGAGCUGAAAUCUGUAAGCUGCAGCCAUCGGCUUCUAACUCAAGCCACAGCUCUGCUGAAUGCUGAGAAAGACACUCUGGACCACCACCUCCAGCGUUGUUCCCUUUCAGCAAGUAGAGGCAGAAGCAACAUCUCAGACCUAGAUGAUGAGCCAGCCUGCAUGGAAGAGGUUGACUACGCUUCAGAUGGCAGCUCAGACCAGGAUGGGAGCAUCCCUGAGCUUGACCGGCAGAUCCAAGAGUGCGCCUUCAAUCAGGAUGAGGGAGAAGAAGAGGAAGGGACAGGGCAGAGAAGAAACACCACCCUGUAG